AUGAUCAAAUGGCAGGAAUUUGUAGCACAACAUCACAUGCAUUCAACAGCGUUGAACAACGCAGCCAAGGAUGCAGCAAUGGCAAAGAAGAGGACGCUGCUGCUCUGCGCCUGGCUGGUGCUUCUGUGCGGUCUUUGCAGAGCAAGUUUCCGUGGGAAAGAAUUCAUUACGGUCUUCAUGCAAAACCAUGUCGAAAGCAUCAGAGCAGAUUGCAAGCUGUUCAUCACUGGUUACCAUGCCUCCACUACGGUUACUGUGACGGUGAACAAGGGUAUGUUCCGAAGAGUGAUGCCUGUUGGAGAAGGACAGACGGUGACCGUGCAGAUCCCAGCCUCGGUAGAGAUGUUUGGGAGCAAAAUGUUUGAUAGCACCAUCCUGAUUCAGGCUGACAAAGACAUUUCUGUCCUGUCUGUUAACUCAAAGCCCAAUUCCAUUGCUACCACUGUAGUGUAUCCCACUGAGAAGUUGGGUACUGUAUAUUACAUUGUAAGUCCACCUGGUUUCCAUUUAGGAAGCUACAAAGAGUUUGCUGUCGUAGCAGGGCAGGCUCCCACUACAGUUGAUAUUUAUUUGAAAGGGGCUGUGAUGUUCAAACGGUGGAUCUAUGGUGCUGGGCGUAAACUCACUGUUACCCUCGCUCCCUACCAAGCCUUGCAACUGCAAAGCUCUGUGGAUUUAUCUGGCACCAAGAUCGAGUCUCGGGAACAUGUGGCCGUCUUGACUGGGCACAGCUGUGCUGAAAAAAACACCGCUUGUGAUCAUGCUGUCGAGCAGCUCCUGCCUGUCUCCAGCUGGGGCAGCACAUACAUCAUCCCUCCUCUGGCCUUCCAGAACAAGUAUGACAUUGCGUACAUCGUCGCCUCCCAAAACACUCGCAUUGACUAUCAGUCAGGGCCCACACGAGCUUCCCGCAACAUAUUGGCUGGGCAGGUUGUUGAAUUUGAAGUCCGAGUCUCUCACCCACUUUACAUCUCUGCUAGAACCGGCAUCCAGGUUCUUCUCUUCUUCACUGGUGCUAAAAAUGGGAAAUCCACGUAUGACCCGUUCCUCAUCAACAUCCCACCCAUCACAAACUACUGCCAAUCCUACCACAUUGACGGAGUGAAGGAGUUUGAGAACCAUGUGCUGAUUGUAGUCAAGAGCUCAGAGUCCGGCAGGAUCACCUCUGAUCAGAGAGCCAUAAGAAAUGUCCAGUGGAGGCAGAUCCCCGGCACGGAGUAUUCUUGGGGAGAGUACAGCUUCGGCACAGGGAUUAGUGCCCUUUCCAUACAGCACCCAACCUCUCCCUUUGGUCUGCUGAGCUUUGGAGGGAACGAUCACAGUGGAUAUGGCUCAUCAGGCGUUUGUGCACAGAGUAACCCAACCCUGUCCUGCAGCACUGUUCAAUGCAGGAAGAAAGAGACGUGUCAGAUUGUAGAUGGCCGCCCGGAAUGUGUGGCUGAGUCAGAAUCCACCUGCUGGGCUCAGGGAGACCCACAUUAUCACACCUUCGAUGGGCGGAAUUUCGACUUCAUGGGCACCUGCACCUACACCAUCGCCAAGACCUGUGGCUCAGACUCAACUCUCCCGUCAUUCAGUGUCAAGGCCAAGAACGACAACAGGGGCAACACGCGUGUUUCCUAUGUUGGUUAUGUGACGGUUGAAGUCUAUAAUGUCACUGUCUCAGUGGUCAGAUAUGAGACUGGGUUUGUGAGGGUGAAUGACCAGCGCUCCCGCCUCCCCAUCUCUGUGCUCGAGGGGAAGCUGAGGGUGUAUCAGAGUGGGGGCUCUGUGGUCAUUGAUACUGACUUCUCCCUGAGGGUCUCCUACAACUGGGGCAGCUCCCUGGUGGUGAAGAUCUCCAGCAGCUUCUGGGAGAGUGUGUGCGGCCUAUGUGGCAACUACAAUGGGGAUGCCAGAGAUGACUUUGCCACCCCAGCCGGGACGCUGGCUGCUAGCCCCGUGGAGUUCGGGAGGAGCUGGAAGGUGGAGGAUGGGGACAGGUUCUGCUGGGACGACUGCCACGGGGUGUGCAAGAGCUGCUCCCCAGAGCUGGUUGGCAGGUACAAAGCUGAGCCCUUCUGUGGUUGGAUCACCAAAGAGGCGGGUGGCCUCUUCAGCCGAUGCCACUCCAUGAUUGACCCCAAAAUCUACCUGGACAACUGUGUGUACGAUCUGUGCAUGAACAACGGCCUCAAGGAGAUGCUGUGCCAGGCACUGGCAAGCUACGCUGAUGCCUGCCGGAGAGAUGGGGUGGCCAUCUCCGACUGGAGGACACCCACAGGGUGCUCUCUGCCCUGCCCGGAGAAUAGCCGGUACCAGCUCUGUGGCCCCGCGUGUCCUGCCACCUGCAAUGACCAAGUGGCCCCUAACAACUGCUCCUUACCCUGCGUGGAGACCUGCCAGUGCAAUGAGGGCUUCGUGCUGGAUGCUGGAAAAUGCAUCCCCAAAGCCAGCUGUGGGUGCAAGUUCAACGGGAAUCUAUAUGCUCUUGGAGAGCAAUUCUGGGGGGACAGAACCUGCACCAGACGGUGCCUCUGUGACCCCCAAACCAGGCAAGUGAGCUGCCAGGCCUCAGGGUGCAGGACUGGGGAGCAGUGCCGGGUAGAGAAUGGCAUCCAGAACUGCUAUCCCAGCAGCUACGGAACCUGCUUAGCUUCGGGAGAUCCUCACUACAUCAGCUUUGAUGGGAAGAAGUUUGACUUCCAGGGAACCUGCCUGUAUCAGUUCGCUGGGCUGUGCAUCAAAAGCCAGGACCUGGUGGAUUUCCAGGUCCUAGUUCAGAACGACCAUCGGGGCAGCCAAGUUGUGUCCUUCACCAAAGUUGUGCAGGUCAAAGUCUAUGAGGUUGACGUUGUGAUCAGCAGGGAAAACCCCGGCAGAGUCAUGGUGAACAGCGUGCUGAUCAACCUACCUUACAGCACCAACAACAGCAAGAUCUCCAUAUACCGGAGGGGACAGGAAGCAGUGGUCCAGACUGACUUCGGUCUCACCGUCGCCUUUGACUGGCAGGGCCGGAUCACUGUCACUGCUCCAAGCACCUAUGCUGGGGCCGUGUGCGGUCUCUGUGGGAACUUCAACGGGGACAAGGGUGAUGAGUUGACCACGAGGGGCGGUACAUUGGCCCCAAACCCAACAGUCUUUGGGCAGAGCUGGAAGGUGAAGGAAAUCCCCGGCUGUAUGGAGAUUAUCAAGGACGAGUGCUCAGAUCUAGAGGCUGUUGAGAGACGCCAAAGAGGAAUGAAUGGGGAGUGUGGGAUCCUCCUAGACAAGAGCGGCCCCUUCCGAGAGUGUCACAGCAAAGUCGACCCCGAGGGCUACUUCCAAGACUGCGUGUACGACUAUUGCUUCUUCAAAGGCCAACAAGCUGUGAUAUGCCAGCUUAUCACCAGCUAUGCCACAGCCUGCCAUGCUGCUGGGGUGACUAUCUAUGCCUGGAGGACCAACUCCUUCUGCAGUCUCUCGUGUGCCCAAAACAGCCACUACGAGGUCUGUGCCCGGGGCUGCCAGUUGACCUGCAGCAGCCUCUACGCACCAAUUCAGUGCUCGGCCCAGUGCUGGGAAGGCUGCGUGUGUGAUGAGGGCUUUGUGCUCAGCGGUGAUGAGUGCGUCCCUAUAUCCCAAUGUGGAUGUGUCUACCUGGGAUUUUAUUAUAAGGCUGGGGAGACUUUCCACCCAACGUGUCAGGAGCAAUGUGUGUGCCAGGCCAGCGGAGACGUGUUGUGUAAGGGGUUGUCCUGCCGCCCAAAUGAGGAGUGCAAGCUGGUGAAUGGCAUCCGGAAAUGUCAGCCUGUUGGAUCCGCAAUAUGUUCUGCUGCCGGGGACCCACACUACCUCUCCUUUGAUGGGGUCGCCUUCGAUUUCCAAGGCACCUGCACCUACAUCCUGGCCAAGAGCUGCACCAACACCGGGAACCUGACAUCCUUUGCCGUGAAGGUGGAGAACAAGCCCUGGGGCAACGGCAAGGUGUCUGUCACCAAGCUGGUGUCUGUGGAGGUCUACGGGCUCACGCUCACCCUGCUGCAGAACAGGAAGGGGCUCGUCAUGGUGGACGGGGUGUCUCACAACCUCCCUGUGGUCGUGGCCGAUGGGCAGCUCCAAGCAUAUCAGCACGGCGGGAAUGUGCUGGUGCAAACGGACUUCGGCCUCACCGUCAGCUACGACCUGCUUUACCACGCCAGAGUCACCGUCCCAGGGAACUACCAGGGCCAGACAUGCGGCCUGUGUGGGAACUACAACGGGCGUCGGGACGAUGAGUUCCUGCUCCCCGAUGGCAGGGCGGCCCCUGAUGUGGCAGCGUUCGGUUCCGCCUGGAAAGUCCCAAUCCCGGGAGCGGCCUGUGAGGACGGAUGCGCCUGGAACAGCUGCCCGGUCUGCAAGGAGACAAAGAGGGACUUCUUCAAACAGCGCAAGUACUGUGGUCUGCUCACGGCCCCAGAUGGCCCUUUUGCUGCCUGCCACAGCACGGUCAGCCCAACUGUGUAUUUCAACAACUGCCUGUAUGAUCUGUGCCUGGGCAACGGAGACUCUCAGGUCCUGUGCCAGAGCAUCUACAGCUACGUGACAGCCUGCCAAGAGGCCCGGGUCACCAUCCAGCCCUGGAGGAGCGCCUCCUUCUGCCCUCUGCGCUGCCCGGCCAACGGUCACUACGAGCUGUGCGCCGACCUCUGCACCACCACCUGUGCCAGGAUCACUGACGCCAGGAAGUGCCCAGACACCUGCGCCGAAGGCUGCCAGUGCGACGAUGGCUUCCUCUUCGACGGCCAGGGCUGCGUGCCUCUGCAGAGCUGUGGGUGCUUCAACAAGGGGCUAUAUUACAAG